UACACACAAACAAAAAAGUCUGUAUUUUUGACCAAAUAAAUGCAGGUUUGAUGACCAUAAGACACUUUCGUAAUGCUGCAUAAUUAUCAAAAAUGGUAACAUCAUAAAGUCUUUUCAAGUCACCAUUUCAUCAGAAACACUUCACAUAAAAGGCUUGUAGGUGGCACUGGGCGUUAUUUAAGGAGAUUACAAAACUAAUCUCCUUUAUAAGGACUUUCUACAGCUUGUUCUGAUGGAAAUCAAAGCUGUAAAUAAAUGCUUUCAGUUGGAAACUGUAGACACCCUCGGUGUGUUUAGCAACUUGAAAGAUUGGGCAUGACAACUGCUAGAUGCGUUCUCAAACCAAGUGUCUUACGCAUGAGUAAUGACAAGCAGCUCCAGGAACUUGACCUCACAAAGUCUGACAUAUUUUCUUCUCCCCUCUGGAUUCAGACCUGCGUACCACAUUUAUGGACCAACUAAAGGAAAGCAGGUUAGCCACCAACAUGAAGGAGAUAAUUACAUUGGGCUGUAUGGAUUUUCUGAGAGAACUUGUAAAGCAGUACCAAUUGCACUUACCUGCUUCAAUGGAUAUAUUGCGCAAACUGGACCCUCUGUCCCCAAAAUCUGUUAUGUCCACUUUAAAUAGGCCUGGAGUAAAGGACUUGACAGCUGAUCUCUUCUCAUGCCAGACUGAUACAUUAGAAUAGCAAUGGAGGAAUGUGGCAUCAGCAGGGUUCUCUGAUGAUCAGAACAUUGAAAAGUUUUGGCUGGAAGUCGAAGUGUUUUAAGAUGCAGGAGGAUGUGUUUCCAGGAAUUAGCGCAAGAUGUCAUAAGACUUCUUGUUCUGCCUCUUUCCAAUGCCCAUUUCGAGCAUUGAUAGAUGAUACUAGAACUUGCAUGGGACUACCGCUACUCUCCAGCAUCAUGGAUGUGCGUACUGGCCUGGCCAGAAAUGGCUGGACCUCUGCAACUUUUAAACAUCCCCGGCAGUUGCUGGAGAGAUUUGACUUAGCGAUGUAUUGAUCAAUCUGGUUCUGACAGUAAAAAGUUUGUUCUAUAACAUUUCAAAAGCUGUUCUCAUCAGUUCAGUGAAGAUUUUCUGCCUUUAAAAGGUUUGCGCUUUAAUACGCUAUUAUACUGCUAUAAAAUUAUGUUGUCAUGUUUGAUAAUUAAACAAAACUGAAUAGUUUUGCACUAACCAAUUUAUUUGGGGUUUUCUGUAUAUUAUGUUAUAUUAGUCAUCACAGUAUGCAUUAUAGGAUGGUAUUUUCUUUUUUUCUUUUCUUUUUUUAUGGGCUGGUUUUGAGCUGUAGUUGGGCUGGAAAUCUUCAGUCCAAUCCGUUUAACACUUGUCAUCGCAUGUAACACAACUAAUUUCACGUGGCGGUGUGCACAGUCAGCAAUUUUGGUAAGUUUCCACGCAGCUCCGCUUUCGAAGAUUUAUGAGUUCAGGGCAAUUCUAGCCGAACAUACACGCCUGUGCUGGCAUUUGUGUGAAACGGAAGCAGUUUAAUCUGAAGUUCAAACUCCAUCAGGCACUUUUUGUUGUUUUGACAGAAAACAAUGCAUAAUUUUUAUUUAUUAAUUUUUUUUGCAUAGUUAGUCCAACACUGUAAAAAAAACUGUAAAAAAAAAAACAGGGAUUUUCCAACGGUAAAGCACUGUUAUUCAAAAAUACAGUUGAAUACUGUGAAUGCAAACCGUUUUUGGAAAAAAGCCUUUUAAUCGCAAACUGCUGUUUAAUUAACGGUACAGAACAGUAUUUUUUAAGUCUAGUCACGGGUCCGAAGCUGUUUCGAAUGCUCACAACUCCUCAGAAGAGAAACCUGCAGGUCUAAUCUGAGCAACAUCAUCAAAUCUAGCCUCAUCUUUUCACCUGGUGUACGUAAAUAUUGCAGAACGAAGGAUAAAGAGUUUUAGAACACAACAAUUUUGAGGUUUGUCCCGAGUCGACUAUGAACUGAACGGCUGAAGCUGAACUGGUCGAGAUAAACGGCAUUCCGUUUUCCCUCCUUGCUUGAGGUAAAUGCAAUUUUAUCAUUUUCAAUGUUACUCUGUACUAACCUUUAUUAUAUUAUUUGCUAAUAACAAAUCGAUUUUUCUGAGUAUUAUGUACUGAAUUAGCAACAUGUUAGCUACGUUGCAUUCGACGUAAGUUAUUUUAGCUCAAAGAGGGCUUGUGUUAAACUAGCAUGGUUAUUUUGCCGUUGAUAUUUGCUGACUGCAUUAUAAAAUGUUAAUCUGCAAUAUUUGCAAUAAAACCUGCAGCAAUUCCUUUACGCAUGUCAGGCACAUGCGGAUGCAUAGUUUUUUGCCUAAUGCAACGUUUAAGUGCGGUUUCCCUCAGUGCACAAGAGUUUUUUAUUUAAUUUUCAGCCUUUAAGUGUCGCACAUAUGGUCAUAAAUUUGGAAAGAAUAAGACUAAACUGCAUAAAACUGAUGAUUUAACGUGUCACAUUGACUUUUGUAGCUCGAAGUGUGAGGAUAUCCGGGGUCUAAUCUUACACCUGAAAAAUUACCACAUUACUGAAGAUUCCUUUCCUACAUGUCAAUCCAUAACGAGAUAAAGGCUAUCAUCCUCAGGGCUUUGCCCAGUCUGACUGAGGAGAUUCGAGAACAUGUCAUCACUUCACUUGAACGCUCAGGUGUGGAAUCUAUAGAAGACCUCGUAUAUGUACAACAGGAAGAUCUCAAAGAUGUCCUGCCUAUUAUACAGCAAAGGAAACUUUUGGAGGCAUUUAAACUUGAAACUACAAAAGUCACACUUGAUCUCCAAAUAUUGCCAGAUGAGUCAACAGAUACAAGUAUGUCUUCACUCUCCAGUCCACAGCCUUGCACAUCUUCAAGCUCAAGCUCUUCACAAGCAUCAACACCUUGUACUUUAAGCAAGGCAAGCCAAUCACCCAACAUAUCCAGUAAGUGGUAUGAAAAUUUUGAGAUUCCUUGGGAUAAAAUGCCUGUGGAAGUGCAGUCAGCUAUUGCCAACAGCAAGCGCCCUGCUCCUGACAAGCGACGCCAGAUGAUACGAAUCCUAGCUGAUGAAAUCAGGAAAUGUGAGAAUAACCCCACACGCAAUGAAUGUCUCAUCAUCUUCCGCAACAUUGUUAAGCAUUUCCCCAACAGUUUUGCAGAUAUGACACCAAGCGGUGUCAUCAUUGGUAGUGGAUGUACUUCACUGCUUUGUCAAUUAAAAACAAGAAUUGAGAACAUGAACCGUGCAGGGACAAAGAACAGACUCCGAACUUCAAAAGUGCCUGGACAACUGCAUCAGAGGCCAAGUGAUUCUUAUGGAUGCACACAAUUUAACCCUGAACUCUCACCAGAAGAAACAUAUGAAACACUGGAGCAGAAGAGGCAACAGUUGGAGACCAUUUAUAGACAAGAAGGUAUUCGCAGUGGUGUGAAGGGGGAAGUGAUUAACCUUAUGAAAACAACAUUCUGUCUUCAGCGUAGACACAUAAAUCAGGCUCCAUCACCGUCCAUCGAAGAUAUGAGAAUCCAGUGGCCUUACCUUUUUACACAAAGAGGUAUCUUCAUUCACUUCGAGUUACUAACUGACAUUAACGUGUUACGUGUCUUGGACCUAUCCAUUAAGGAAUGUGGACAGGGAAUCAGGAAGUACCUGCAGACCAAAUCAAAGAACAAAGAUGUGCAGUCUAUCGUCACCCAGGAUGAAGAUGGAGAGUUGACUCUAAUACAGCUGCUGAUGGCCUACUUCGAUGAAGGGAUAGAGGGACUAAUACUCCGUGCUGAUAUAUGUUUAUUUACAUUUACAUAAUACUUGCUAUUACUGGGUUUGUUAUUCUGUCAUUUAUAAUUUUUAUACAAUUGUCUGUGUUCUGCAGAUAUCUGCCACAGCAGCAGAUGUUGAGAGCACCCUGACCAUCCCCGCCUCUCCACGACUGAUACUGCUGUUUGCCGGUGAUGAAGCCACAAUUGGAGGAUGGAUGAUCACCAUCGAAAAUAAUGUAAUCUGUGAAGGCGUCGACCAAAGCUUCAUCACAGGGCUAGCUGCAGUUUUCUCUACUUACUACAUCUUUAAUCUACAGUAUCAAGAAGAAACUUCAAGGACCCUGGAGUUUGUACAAAGGUGACCAUAGGCAUGCAUUAUAUGACUGACAGACAAGAACGGCUGGACCUAAAAACAUCCAAAUUGAAACUACUGUGGAAACAAAGACACCUACAUCUUGGAUGCCCUUGGGGCGCUUCAUUGGUUUGAAUCCAGAGAGAGGGACAAAGGCCAGCCAGGUGAAGGUGAUCUCCAAAAAGACGGGGAAACUUGUCCAUAAAAAGACUGCAACUGUGAAUGUCCACGUAGCCAACCUGAUAAAAAAUCUUUUGGACUUUGAGUGGGGUUUUGUGCAGUAAUACAAAGCCAGUACAGCUGAUGUUCAACAUCCUGUUUCAGAGCUGAAAUCGCUGCUGUGCUCUGCAGUUGAGUGUUAAUGCAAAGUCAGUACAUUGUUCUGCAUUUGAGUGUUCAGUUGAAGUCAGUGCAGUAUUGUGCGAUUGAGUGUUAAUGCAAAGUCAGUGCAGUGUUCUGCUGUUGAAUUCUUAUGUGAAAUCUGAAGUGACAGCACUUUUUGCAACAACAUUUAAAUUCACAGGAUUUCAUUAUGCUGCUCUUCAGUGUGCAUGUACAUUGCAGAAAAAAGUAUUGCUGUUUUACAGUACAUGUUCAGAGAAUUGUAUUUUGUCCAUUAUUUUAAUGUCCACAUAUUUGUUAAGUGGAAACAAUGUUAAUGUAUUUUAUAUAUUGGCUUUAAUAAAAGUCCAAAGUUUUAAGGCCA